CAAGAAUUGUCGGUUUAAGCGUCGAACACCCGCUAAAAUAAAGAGAGUGUUUUUAUUUUAGAGUCCCACAUCGCUAGCGAAGCAAGCAUAGAAGUCACGAGAAGAAGUAUAAAUGAAGCGACGAGGCGACCAAACAAAUCAUACCUUUCUCGGCCUUUUGGCUAAGAUCAAGUGUAGUAUCUGUUCUUAUCAGUUUAAUAUCUGAUAUGUGGCCCAUUGGGUCACACGAUAUUAACUUUAUUUUUUAAGGGAGAAAGUCCACUAAGAUAGCUUGCUAUCUGGGCUUUCGCGAGUCGCCCAUGCGUUGCACUAUUGCACGGGCCUGGCUCAACCCACCAAAUUUGAAGUCCAAUUAUUUAAUAAAGCGAAUCAAAUGUUAAAUUUGUGUUAACUGGCCCAAUUAAUCAUAUGGACGAGAAGAAUAAAAUAUUACAAAUAUUAAUCAUAUGGGCCUGGCUUGUCAUUGGGCUUGCUUGCUCAAGUAACUUACAAUAUUAGUCACUGUAAGAAAAAUAAAAGAGAGUAACGUAAAUGUAAAUUGUUUUUUUUUUCACAAAAAAAAUGCACUUAACGAUAAUCUAACCGCUCGAUUUUGACCGUUAUUUUUCUUUCACCCCUUUCUUCCCAGUUGCUGUCGGAAUUGACUUCAGAUUGUAAAAAAAAAAACAGCAAUGAAAGCUUUGUUUCGAUGCUCAAAGUCUUUGUUAAUUGACCCAACAAGAAGACACUCUGUACUCGUCUCUGCUUUCUCAAAGUCAUCGAAAUCCAAAACCCGUGAGACCCAAUCGAAGAUCCAAGCAGAAGCUGCAUCAACCACCUCACUUUUUAGCGAGAUCACUGAGAUUUUAGGAUCAGAUGCUGUUAAAUCGGACCAAACCAACCAGCCGAGGCUUCUUCCCGUGUCGGGAAAUGAUGGACUGGAUUCUUGCGCGCAAAGUGUUCGUGAAAAUGCCAGAAUGGGAUUCUCAAAUGAGAAUGAAGAGGCUGACAAAGGUUUUGUUGACGUCAGCCCCGUGGUUCAUGAGAUUACGAGCGUUCUCAGAGCAGAUGACGAUAUCAUGCUUUCCAUGGAGGACAAGUUAGAGAAACUGAGUCUUCGCUUUGAACCAGAGAUUGUGGAGAAAGUACUCAAGAGGUGCUUCAAGGUUCCUCAUCUAGCUCUGAGGUUCUUUAACUGGGUAAAAGAAAAAGAUAGUUUCUCACACACAGUAGGAGUUUAUAACACCAUGCUAAGCAUAGCUGGGGAGGCUAGGGAUCUCGAUAUGGUAGACGAAUUGGUUAAAGAAAUGGAGAGGAACUCGUGUGAUAAAGAUAUCAAGACAUGGACCAUUCUCAUCUCUGUAUACGGUAAAGCAAAAAAGAUUGGAAAAGGUCUACUCGUAUUUGAGAAUAUGAAGAAAGACGGCUUCGAACCCGACUCUGCGGCUUAUAACAUCAUGAUCAGGUCCUUAUGCAUCGCUGGGAGAGGUGAUCUUGCGCUUGAGUUCUACAAGGAGAUGAUUGAAAAGGGUAUUAGUUUUGGGUUGAGAACGUACAAGAUGUUACUGGACAGCACAGCGAAGUCAGAGAGAGUUGAUGUAGUCCAGUCUAUUGCAGACGACAUGGUUAGGAUAUGCGGAGUUUCGGAGCACGACGCGUUUGGUUAUCUGCUCAAGAGUUUUUGUGUUUCUGGAAAGAUCAGAGAGGCGCUGGAGCUGAUUCGGGUGUUGAAGAGCAAGGAAGUGUGUAUUGACGCUAAGUAUUUCGAGAUUUUGGUUAAAGGACUCUGCAGAGCUAAUAGAAUGGUGGAUGCUCUGGAGAUUGUUGAUAUAAUGAAGAAGAGGAACAUAGAUGAUGCGAAUAUCAACGGGAUCGUUAUCAGCGGGUAUCUUAGGCAAAACAAUGUUUCGAAAGCACUUGAGCAUCUGGAGGCUAUGAGAAACUCAAAGCAUUCGCUUAGAGUCUCUACAUACACUGAGAUUAUGCAACACCUAUUCAAGGAGAAGGAGUUUGAAAAGGGCUACGAGUUGUUUAAAGAGAUGGUAGAUGAUGGGAUUGAGCCUGAUAGCGUCGCUAUCACAGCUGUGGUUGCUGGUUACUUGGGCCAGAACCGAGUAGAAGAGGCGUGGAAGGUGUUUAGCAGCAUCAAACCGACGUGGAAAUCUUAUUCCAUCUUUGUGAAGGAGCUAUGCAAGUCAGCAAAGUAUGAUGAGAUCCUAAAGGUGCUUAAUCAGAUGUACGCCUCUAAGAUUGCUAUCAGGGAUGAUAUGUUUUCUUGGGUUAUCUCUUGUAUGGAGAAACAUGGCGAAAAGGAGAAGAUUGAACAUAUCAAGGAGCUUCAGAAGAAAUGCAAAUUUAAUCAAGAACUAAGGCAAGAAGAGGAGCUUGAUCUUCCGCAAGUAGCGCAACACUCAGCUCUUCCAGCAGCUUCAUCUGCUGUUGACAUAAUAGAUGUGAAAGAGAUUUGCCGCAUCUUAUCAUCAACCUCCCGAGAUUGGGAGGGAACACAAGAGUCUCUAGAAAAAUCGACAGUCAAGUUCACACCAGAGCUAGUAGUUGAGGUUCUUCGUAACGGCAAGAUACAUGGGAACGCUGUUCUACGUUUCUUCUCAUGGGUGGGGAAGAGAAACGGUUACAAACACAGUUCCGAGGCGUACAACAUGAGCAUCAAAGUAGCAGGGAGUGGGAAAGAUUUCAAGCAGAUGAGAAACCUGUUCUACGAGAUGAGAAGACAAGGAUGCGUGAUAACACAAGACACAUGGGGGAUCAUGAUAAUGCAGUACGGUAGAACCGGUCUAACCGACAUAGCGAUCAGAACGUUCAAGGAGAUGAAGGAUACUGGUCUGUCUCCAAGGCCUUCGACGUUCAAGUGUUUAAUCAAAGUUCUCUGCGAGAAGAAAGGAAGGAACGUUGAAGAAGCUAUCAGAACAUUCCGGGAGAUGAUUCGUUCUGGUUUUGUUCCAGAUAAAGAACUAGUCCAAGACUACUUGGGUUGCUUAUGCGAAGUCGGUAACACAAAGGAGGUUAAACAUUGUUUGGAUUCUCUUGGCAAGAUAGGUUUCUCAGUCCCUGUGGCUUACUCCAUUUACAUAAGAGCUCUUUGUCGAAUCGGAAAGCUAGAGGAAGCUCAGUCAGAGCUAGCCAGCUUUAAAGGAGAUAGAUCAUUGCUAGACCAGUUUACUUACGGAAGCAUUGUUCACGGUCUAUUACAGAAGGGACAGUUACAAGGAGCGUUGGAUAAAGUGAACUCCAUGAAGGAAGCAGGAAUAAAGCCUGGUGUCCACGUCUACACAUCUCUGAUUGUUCACUUCUUCAAGGAGAAUCAGAUAGACAAGGUACUAGAGACAUGUAAGGAGAUGGAAGAAGAAAGGUGUGAGCCUACGGUUGUGACGUAUACGGCAAUGAUAUGCGGGUACAUGAGCGUGGGGAAAGCGAAAGAGGCUUGGAGAGUAUUCAAUGAUAUGAAGGAGAAGGGAGCUUCGCCAGAUUUUAAAACGUACAGUAAGUUUGUAAACUGUUUGUGCCAAGCGGGUGAAUCUGAAGAUGCACUGAGACUUCUGUCUGAGAUGAUUGAUAAGGGUAUUGCUCCAAGCACUGUCAAUUUCCGAACAGUUUUGUAUGGGUUGAACAGAGAAGGGAAGCAGGACCUUGCCAGGAUUGUUUUACAGAAGAAGUCUGCUUUACUAGCACAGAGAAAGCUUCAUCAAACCUCUGGCUUUCAAAGGCUUCGACAAAAGAGUCAGACCAUUGCUUCAGUUUCUCUUGUACCUGAGAUCGGAUCUGGUCCAACUCUUUUGAAUCAUUUGCUUCUGCUAUGGUCUCUCUAAGUUCCAUAAUCUGACACCAUUUUUCAUAGAACAAAACUAAGUGAAUGUGUUUACUUGUAACUGAUAAGUACGUUCGCAAUCGGACAAACAAUUGAGAAGUAAUCUUUUAUGAGAGCAGAUCCAUUUACCUCCAUUAACAAGGUUGGAUCUGUUAUUGUUUCUUCUUCA